UAUUAAUGCUCUCUCCUAACCAAAAACCCUCGCGCCUUCGUUGAUACUCUCCUGAAAAUAAUCUCUGCCCUUCUGUCUGAUAUUUGUAGAAAGAUCUUAAUCUGUCCUCGUUCGACACCGGAUUUCUCCAGUUUUCAGCUUCUCCACAAGAUUGUAAAGCCUCUCCAGAGGUAUGGAAUCUUCUACCGCAGACAGCUUGCCUCCAUUGCAGGUAUGGAGCCACCAUCCUAGAAUGCAUCAGUUAAUGGUAUGGAAAAAGGUGCUCGGCAAUGCAGAAAUCAUGCUGGAGUUCCGUGCAGGUAAGAUGAUCACAGAGGGAACACGGGUGAUUCCGGAUAACCGCAAAGGGUUGGUUCGCAUUGGAAGGGGUGAGGAGGGAUUGGUCCAUUUUCAGUGGCUUGACCGGAAUCAGAAUGUUGUUGAAGAUGAUCAGAUUGUGUUUCCUGAUGAGGCAGUUUUUGAGAAGGUCAACCAAUCAUCGGGAAGAGUAUACAUUCUGAAGUUCAGCACCGAUACUCGGAGGUUCUUUUUUUGGAUGCAGGAGCCAAGAUCUGAUGGUGACUCACAAAUCUGCAGCUCUGUCAACUAUUACAUUAAUCGACCAUUGGAACUAGUCGGUGAGGAAGAGCCCGAGGCUUCGGUUCCUCUGCAAAUGUCUGAAAUGUCUGAAGACACAGCUGAGGAUGAGAUCUCAUCAAGAGCUGGAAACUUGGUUGGGCCAAAUUUGGCCUCGGAGUUAUCUAAUGAAGUGACCUCUUCAUCUGGGCCUGUACAAUUGGCAGAUCUGCAAAGAAUAUUAAGUAACAUUGGUCCAGCAGAUGCUGUCCUAGAUCAAGACGGAGGGCUGGGAUUAGGAGAUAUUUUGAAGCCUGAUUUGUUAUCACCACUUAUUGAAACCUUGCCGUUGGAACAACGGUUGGCAUCGUACUUGCCAGAGGGUCCAUGGACUCCUGACGAUCUUAUGGAGUUGCUGCAGAGUCCUCCAUUCCGCCAACAAGUAGAAUCAUUUAACUAUGUGCUUCGAACAGGACAGAUAGACUUGUCUCAGUUUGGAAUUGACCCAAGUAAAUACAAGUUCACCGUCCUCUCAUUCCUUGAGGCCUUAGAAGACUCCGUUGCAAAGGCAUCCGAAUCUGGUGAAGCAGAAUCAAGACAAGAUGAGAACAAGGACCCACCAUCCCAAAGGUGUAGUGGGAAUGAUGCUAUGGAUGAAGGCCAAUAGCACAGACAGGGUCCUCGGGACUCUUAAAUUAAGACAACUUUGCCCUUGGAAAGUGGGGAAAAGAAAAGAGAGGUAAGUUUUCAUGUUCAUCACGAAUUGCUGCUUGCUGAUCACUAAAAAGAAAGAUGGAAAUGAAUUUAUUUUUUGAAGCACUGGGUUUUGAUGAUACUUCCGUCAUGGGUAUGUAACAAACUCUUUUUCAAUAAAUUUUGCAUUUUUUAAUGGUAACUUUCCCAGCAUGGCUUUUUCUUCCAUGCUUUGAUCAAGAUCUGUAUUGGUAUGGUAUAUGUUAUUGGGCUGACAUUUUAAGGCAUGUUUGGUUUCAAUUAUCAAAUUGAACAGAAAAUUUCAAC